GUUUGUCCGAUCAGGUUCGGUAAUUUCUCCUUUUUAUUUUAUUUGUGAAUUAUUAGUUUUCUGAUCCUAUUUGCGCAGUUGUUUGUUGUUCUUCGAGCAGGAACCGAUGAUUUGUUCUAAAAAAGUAGCUUUGUCACUGCUAACUCUAUCUGCUGCAGCAAUUGCUGCUUUCUUUCUAUAUUCAAAAGGGUAUCUUCGCCAUGGAAGUUUCAAGAAGAAACCAUCUUCUCAAUCAGGUAAGAAGGACAUCAUUAGCAAACUCCCAGACGAUAUCUUGGUUUCGAUUAUCUCACAUUUGCCGGUAAAAUGUGGUAUCAGGACGAGCAUUUUGUCGAACAGGUGGUGGAACCUUUACAGAUACGUGUCGACCGUUAAAUUGGAGUGUCGUGACCUUUUAGGAAGUCGUUAUGAUCGUCACAGGCCUCCUAAAUUUACAGUGUAUUUUGACGAAGAUAAAUUUCACGACACUAACUUAGUCAUUGUUUCAGCUAUUAGAUUUUUGAGGCUUCGUUUCAGUUCUACGAUCCGUUAUUUCCAUUUAUCGUGUUGUUUUUAUAAAGUAACCCCUGAUCAAUUGAAGGAGUUCUUUUGUACUUUGCGGGUCGAAAAACUUGCUCUAAGCUGUGGUUGUUAUUUGCGAGCGAGCGUUGUUGAAAUCUCGGUUUACAAUCUUUCUCAAAUAACCUCCUUGCAAUAUUUGAAAUUGAGCUUGUGCACGUUGGUUCCAAUCUCGAACACCCAAUACAGCUCCCUCCAAAUUAUUUCGCUUUCGCACGUUAAAAUAAAGGAUGGUACUAUUGAGUCGAUUUUCUCCAAUUGUUUGGUGCUCCGAUCUUUACGAAUCGGUAAUUGCAAAUGUCCUUCAAAGUUAUGCUUCAAGGGUCCAAAUCUCCAAUUGAAGUCUCUAUGUAUCAACAAUUGUAAAGGUGUAAAUAGGAUAGAGUUUGAUGCUAGUAGUCUCGUCUUAUUCGAGUUUUCUGGUCGUGAAAUGGUUGACUUUAUAUUCGAGCACGUUCCUCAGCUGCAGAGUAUAUCUCUUUAUACAUUUAAGGAAAAUAACGUGCCUUACGCUUGUUCGCGACUUGCAAAAGAUUUGCCUCGUCUGAAAUCAUUGACUUUUGUUGCUAGAGGCGAUCAUUUUCAGGGAAGCGUUAAAUCUAUGGGGAUUAACAUGUUCAACAACCUUAGGCGAUUAGAUCUCAGCCUAUACUCGGGAUCGCAAAUUGAUCUUCUUUUGCUGACUUCGUUUUUGCGCAGUUGUCCCCUCCUACAGGAAUUUCACUUGAAUACAAAUUUUGUGGAUAUUAUUGGACCAGAGGUGAAGAAACAAGAGGAAGUAAUAAUCCACUCCGAGUUGAAGAAAAUGGAAAUUAGUGGAUUUGUCGGGACAGAAAACGAAAUCGAAUUUGCGUCUUACAUCCUCAAAAGUGCAACGUGCCUAGAGAAGAUGGUCAUAAGUAGGUGUUUGAAGAAGUACACGGGAUCUGCCAGGAGGAGGAGUCGAUUCGAAACUCCAUGGAGUGAAGAGAUGCGUCGAACAAUUCACGCACGAUUACAAGGAAAAGCUAUUUCCGAGGCUGCGCUAGUUGUUAUUCAAUAUCAUACGACUGCCCAUAUUGAAGAUGAUAAUUGGGGACGAACGGAAGACGAUUGUAUGAUUUUUGCUUGAUUAUAUAGGUACACGAUUUUGUUUGUAAAUAUUGUUUUUUCAGUUA